AUGUCUGAGCGUACUGUCCUUAUAACCGGCGCUACCGGCCUGCUGGGUCGUGAGGUCGCUACAACGUUCGGCCUCAAGAACUGGAAUGUCAAAGGCACGGGGUAUUCUCGCGCAGAUGGAGUCAAUACUUUCAAGAUCAAUCUAAGCGAUGAGACGGAAGUGGGAGAGUUUCUGGAUGAGACCAAGUUUGCAGUCCCUCCCCUCUAUCGAUGCUGUGCCAGUAGACUGACGUUACUAUCUACCUCCAGACCACAGGUUAUUGUCCACUGCGCUGCUCAAAGGUUCCCAGACAAGGUCGAUAAAGACCCCGAAAGUGCCCGUGAACUCAACGUCGCUGCGAGCAAGGCACUCGCUAAGCUGGCCGCGGAUAGAGACAUAUUUGUCAUAUAUAUAUCAACCGACUACGUGUUCCCCGGUACGCCGGGGGAUGCUCCGUAUGAAGCCGAUGCCAAGCCUCGGCCUACCAAUCUUUACGGCCAAACGAAGCUGGAUGGUGAGAGAGCCGUCUUGGACACGCUGAAGCAGGUUGGAAAGGAGGGCCUGGGUGUCGUUCUUCGAGUUCCUGUCCUUUAUGGGAACGCUGAGACGCCAGCCGAGAGUGCGGUCAAUGUUCUUAUGGAUGCACUAUGGAAGGCACAGACACAGGGAGCUGAGAUUAGCAUGGACCACUGGGCAAUACGCUAUCCUACGAACACAGAAGACAUUGGUAGGGUAUGCCACGAUAUUUCCGUCAAGUACCUCGAUGCUCCAACUAAGGAGCGAUCUUGUCUUCCCCGAGUUCUCCAGUUUUCCUCAGAGGAUCGAAUGACGAAGUAUGAGAUAGUGACACUAUUUGGUGAGAUAAUGGGCCUGUCAACGGAAGGGAUUAAGCCCAACACGGAAGGGAAUGACCCAAAUGCCAGUGUACAGCGACCUUAUGACUGCCACUUGAGCACAAAGGCGCUAAAAGAUCUGGGAAUUGAUGUUUCAACCUGCGACUUUAAAGGCUGGUGGAGACGUGAGGUUCGCGCAUUUCGCAAGUAA